CUUGAUACCAAAGAUGACGAUGACGAUGAUGGUUUUAAUCAAGAAAGGACAAAUAAUAACGAAAUCGUAAUGCAACGACAAUAGGAAGCCCAUUCAGCCCACCUUUUAAGGCUGCGGGGUAAUCGAGUAAACGCUCUCUAUCACCAGGUAUCUAUCGCUUAUUGCACAUCAUCAUAUCACCCAUCUACCCCGAUCCCUGUGGUUCAGGAAUAGAUCGAUUGAAGCGCGCUCCUCGAAGCCCGUUGGAUUUCGACUUUAUUCCUCUAGCCCUCGUUUUUGGCCUCUUACAGCUACAAAGAUGCCGCCUGUCGGAAAGAAGAUCCACAGCCUACUAGCGGACCGUUUCAGUGCGCUGGGGAGAUUGUUUGAACAACACUUCAAAGGCGCCCCCAAGGCGCCUGCCAUCUCUACCACUACUGCAGUCACUCUAUCGGUUGCCUUUACGAUCAUCUAUGUCGUGCCAUUCUACCUCUCCUCGGCCACGCGGCCAUCGGUGACGCUCUCCCGUGAUGCGCCCUCCUCAAUUCGCGCCCGAGUUCGAGCUGUGACACUCUCUAGUAUCAUCUCUCUUGCCCUGACUACCUACGUGCUACACCAAUCUGGCGAUGUGUCGCCUGCUGGGAUACUCCAUUUGCUUGGACUAUGGCCGAUUUCUGUCUUGGACAUAGUCAAGACGAAUCUGCUAGUGGCUAUACUGUUUGCUGGACCGUUGUUUGAGCAGGGAAUUGUCGAUGGAGGAUGGAGAGACUGGAUACGCUUCAGAGGUCUUCAUGAGACCUUGAGCAGUUGGAUUGGAUACAGGAACUUUGUCGUCGGUCCCACAAGUGAAGAACUUAUCUGGCGCGGAAUGAUCAUUCCCCUGCACAUCCUGGCCCAGAUUUCCGGGACGAAGAUCAUUUUCCUUACACCUCUGUACUUCGGCAUCGCACAUGUUCACCACCUGUACGAGUUCCGCCUCACCCAUCCGGAAACACCACUGGCUCUUGCGGUCUUCCGCUCCCUCUUUCAGUUCACCUACACGUCUCUCUUUGGCUUCUUCGCAGCAUUCGCCUUCAUUCGUACUGGGAAUGUCUUUUCUCUGAUUUUGACCCAUGCAUUCUGCAAUUGGAUGGGCCUCCCCCGUUUUUGGGGCCGUGUCGGCGUGGAGUCGGGAGUGCCAAUCGGGCCUCCCGACGCUGACAAGCGUGAUGAUGACCAAGGGACAUAUGGUCGAGCAUCUUCGUCGAUCCAAUCCGCAGGGCUUGCUUGGACCGUAGCCUACUACGUUAUUCUGAUAGCCGGUGCUUAUGGAUUUUACAGAGGUCUAUUCCCUUUGACUGAGAGCAUCAACGCUUUACCUGUAGUCUUGGUAGAGAGCUGAAGAGCAUAGUAGUUGGUAGUAUUGUUCAAAACACAAGUAAAUAUCGGGAUGGCCAUUCUCGAGCAUGGCAGCUGUCACAGUAACUGAUAUUUUAUAUUCAACUGGAUCAGCACCAAGCAUUCUAUACAUAGAACCGCAUUUCUCAUAUAACAUAUACAUUUUGAAUCUAGAUGCCGUUCAAUUCC